AUGCGCAAACUUGAUAAAGAUGAUUUGGGCUUAGUAGAAAAGCUUUAUGACAAUAGUCUAAGGACGAAAGAUAUAUUUUCAGUCUUAAACUCUGUUAGUUCUAAGUACAUCCAUAAACCUGAUGUUUAUAAUGCAGUAAGCCGUCAGCGUCAACAUAAACUACAAGGUUUGAAUGAGAUAGAGUUGCUCUUUAAAACUUUGCAUGAUAAUGAAAACAUUGUAGGAAAUAUUGCAUUAAAACCUGCAUUUAAUGAUGAACGAGAUCAGGAUGGUGCAUUUAUUCAAUCAAUUUUCUGGGCGUAUCGUGAUUUAAUUGAUGAAUUUUUAGUAGGAAAGGAUGUUAACCACAUACAAGAUGAAUAG